UAUUCUUUACAUUCUGAGGGGGAGAGAGACGUAAAGGACAGGUUCAGUCUUGUAGGUCUUCUCUCCUGCACCUCUUCCCUCUCCAUCUCUAACCCCACCUACAGCGCAUUCCUCUAUAAGAACCUGGACCCCGCGCCACAGCCCCACUAUUCACGACCCGACCCUCCAGCGCCUUUAUAAAGAAGAUUAGAUUCAGCUUUUCAAACUAACAUAUCGCCAGUUUCCUUAUCUUUCUUUUCUAUCGAGGCAAAAGAGCAUAAAUUAAAAGGAUGGGCUCCUCCGGAGUGCAGAUCGUGUGCGUGUCUCUCGGGAUCCUGGGACUGGUCGGGGCCAUUGUGUGCUGCGCCAUCCCGAGAUGGAAGGUCACGGCCUUCACCGGACAGUCCAUCGUCGUAGCGCAGAGCGUCGAGGAGGGCCUCUGGAUGAACUGCGUGGUGCAGAGCACCGGCCAGCAGCAGUGCAAGAAGUACGACUCGCUGCUGAUGCUGUCCGCAGACCUGCAGGCGGCCCGCGGCAUGGUGAUCAUCAGCUGCAUGCUCUGCUCCCUCUGCCUGCUCAUGCUCUUCGCCGGCGCCGACUUCACCACCUGCGUGGAGAACGAGAGCGCCAAAGCCAAGAUCUCCCUGGUGGCAGGCAUCGGGCUCAUCCUGGGCGGCCUCCUGGUGAUCAUCCCCGUCAGCUGGUCCGCCCACAACACCGUGAGCGACUUCAACGACCCCUUAGUGGUCGCCAGUCGGAAGAGGGAGCUGGGCGCGUGCAUCUUCGUGGGGUGGGCGGCCGGCGGCCUGCUCGUCCUGGCCGGGGGUCUGCUGUGCUGCUUCAGCAAGGUGAAGUCGGGGGGCUCCCCGGGAGCGGCCAAGUACUACAGCAACGGCGGCGCCUCCGCUCCCAACAAGAACUAUGUCUGAGGCGGAGGACGGAGCGAGGCGAGGAGGAACACGACGGCUGACAGUUGUUUUUGAUAGAGGGGGGAAAGGAAAACUGUAAAUACCAGCAGAUAAAUGCGUACCUUUUAUUAUGUAUUUGUGUUUUACUUUGGUGUUAGGUACAGGGUUUUUAGUUGGGUUAGAGGCAGAUUAUUUCUUUGCCUACAAAUGUCUCCUGGAAAAGGUGCGGAGUUUCUCAAAAGCAUUUAAGCGGUCACCACUUACCAAUCGACAAAUUGUGAAUUUGUUUAUUGUGUGCUGUCGUAUCCAUACCUCUUUCAUACCACUGCUGUAUUUAGUUAUCUAUGUGUCUUAAAUGUAAUAAAGGAAGAUUGUGUAUAUUUCCUUAUUGCUUGUAUUUUUUGAAGGUUACUAUUUGGUUUUUGUUUCGGUAUGACAUUUUGUGUAUUUGUGGGUCCAGAUAACUCCGAAAGUUAUGCAAUUUUUAUGCAACUUUCAAUGAUUGUCGUUGAGGCUUGAAAUGGGAGUUGAGUAAUAGUUUCUGAGUAAUAAACGAACCUGUGAGUAAUAAACAACCUCUGAGUAAUAAACAGACCUCUAAUGAGAACCUUUUCUUGUUGUUUUAUGAUUUCUUUAAGAACAGGUCCAGACGAUCAAGUAGAAUUUUUGAAAACCAAACAUUUUAUUUCAAACUAUGGAAUGCAUAUAUUAUAGUUUGUUCUAAAAAAAAAUAUUUCAAGAAUGUUUUUAAUUUGCCACCUGAAGUUAUGUAUCAUGGCUUGUCAUACAACCCUUGUCUAA